CCGGUGUUAAAGCACUUGUUUCGAUUUGUUUGCUUUAGUUUUAGGCUUAGUUUGAGUCUUUGGAGAAAAACUAAAAGUUCAAGGAUUAAAAAGUGACAGAAGAUGGUGAAGUUACAUAUCAAGAAAGGUGACGAGAGCCAGUUUUUGUAUGAUACAACAGUAGAACAACCCAUUGAUGAGCUCUUGAAAGACAUCGUCGCUAUCCACAAUGGACGACUCAAAGUACAGAGAAUUUGUGCUGAAAUGGAAGAGCUGGCUAACCAUGGAAUUACACUGCCACCAAACAUGCAGGGUCUUACAGAAGAACAAGUGGAAGAAUUGAAACUGAAAGAUGAGUGGGCAGAGAAAUGUGUUCCUCAGGGUGGGGUCAGGGAAAACAAGGAUCCCAUUGGAAGACGCAAUGGUCAAGCUCCAAAUGAGAAAAUGGCUGAGAUGAUGAAGAAAACAGCAAAAGAAGCAAAAGAUAUGAUUUCAAAGAAAAAAGUAGAAGCCAAUGUUUAUGUAACACAAGCCACGGUGAAGGAGGCCCUGGACAUUCUGCAAGGUGCCGUCAUGAUUGUUUACCCCAUGAACUUACCCCCACAUGAAAAUGUGAGACUGGAACUGGAAAACAAUGAAGAUCUGACUGGUACUCAGGCUUCCAAUGAAGUUUUAGAGGAAGAGAAUACAUCAAUAUGGUUUUCAGGAAAAGAAAUGUUAAGAGGAAAACAGUUGAAAGAUUUCAUUGGUAAAAACGAGAAGACAAAAAUAGUUGCCAAAAUUCAGAAAAGAGGACUAGGAGCACCUGGGAGGGAACCUGUUGUGUCUGAAGAUGAACAGAAAAAGAUGAUGGCCUAUUACUACAAGAAACAGGAAGAGUUCAAGAAACUGGAGGCAGAGUCAGAGGACGCUUACUUAGAUUCACCAUGGGCAGACUCAAACCAGCUGAAACGUCAAUUUCACGGAAUGAACAACAUCAAAUGGGGGCCGCGGUAACCCCUAGCUAUUAUAUAGAGACAGAUUAAUUUAUAACAAUCCUGACAUUAUAAUCACAAAGUGUCCGUCCCAGCAUUUGAUGAGCAUUUUCAGACAGAUCCAAGCGAAAACACAAAGUGUUCUUCAUUUUGUUUGACUUCAUUGAAAUCAUACAAAGAUAUAUUAAGUCAUGUGCUAAAUAGGUUAUGUAAAAAAAAAAAAACCUCUUUCUUGCAGGACUAAGAGCUUAAAGUUUGGAAAAUGUCAAUUAGCCAUGCAUUUUUGGAAAUCAUUUUCAUUAUUUGUUCUAUAUCAUAGAGAUAUUUGUACUUGUUCUGUUUCACUGAUAUUUACAGACAAACAAAAAUGUGUGAUGCA